UCUGAACACUUCUUCCACUUCUGUUUUAUUCCGAUUUUUCUGAAAAGAACAUCACUGGUUAGAUUUAAAACCAGUAUUUAGGCCUCCAGUCCAGUAGGUGGCUGUAAAUCCACUCACUGAGCAUGCGCGCAAGACACUAACCCGGAAGUGUAGCUAGUAAACAACCAUACAGGACGGUUUCGGAGCGAACUUGUCCGGUUUUUAUCUUCAAACCGCCGCUAAAAAUUGCCGCUAAGAUGUCUAAAAUCGAGUUGCUGCGGCUGCUCAUCACCCAGCGGCUCACCGCCGCCGCGGAGGAGAUCUUCGGGGUGUUUGGGAGAACCAUAGCCGAGUACGAGGAGGAGAUCUCCCGCUCCAAGCUGGAGAUCGACCGCCAGCGCCGGCUGCUGGAGCUCCGCAAGAAGCCGCAGGUCUCUCUCUCUCUGCGUGGGAACAGCUCGGCUCUGUGCGAGCCGCCUGACUGGAGCUCCGGUCUGGACCUGAACGACUUCAAUCCUCCGUCCAUUAAAGAGGAAGAGGAGGAGGAGGAAGAGGAGGAUCUGUGGCGGGACGAGACGGCGGGGCACAACGACGUCAAGUUCCUGUUGUUCCGGAGCGGAGGCGGAGGCGGCAGCGCCACAAACGAUCGGGACACCGAGCGCCUGGCGUCCUCGCUCUCCGACCCCGGCGGCCCGGAAGACGACUCGCCGCUGGACGCCCUGCCGGGCCCCCUGCCGGGCCCCUCGCUCUACCCCUCGGCCCCGCAGACUGGCGGCGAGGACCUGGGCGAGGACACCGGCGCCGACGCUUCAGGCAACGGCGGGCUGGACGGUGUCGACCCGGACGCCGCGCUGUCCGAGGUGGUGGACUCGUACAUCUGCACCGUCUGCGGCCGAGCGUUCGCCCAGCGCGCCGCCUGGGCCAAACACGUGCAGGUGCACCGCAAGGCGGACGCCAAGGCCGACAAGUCGUACACGUGUGACAUCUGCGGGAAGAGACUCACGCGCUUCGACGGCUACCAGAAACACCUGCGGAUUCACACGGGCGAGAAGCCGUACUGCUGCGACGAGUGCGGCCGCAGGUUCAGUGACAACUCCAACUACAAACGGCACAUUCGCACGCACGCCGUACAGAAAACGCCGCAGAGCUGAGGCUGCGGGACACGGACCGGAACAACGCAUUACGUAACAAUACAUCAAGAUGUAAUACGUUUACACUGCAUUAUGUAAUAACAACCGCAUUAUGUAAUAACACCCACGUUAUGUAAUAACCACAUUAUGUAAUAAC